AUGGCUCUUCCGUUCUUGUUAGACACCUCCACCUCCGCCUUCGCCUCCGCCUCCUCUUUAUCAGUCUGUCCCUUUCUCACGCGGGAGGAGUUCGAAUGCGCCUGUCGCGCUUUUUUGGAUCGCGUCCAUUUGCUCGGUCUUUCAGCUGUGGGGUGGUCCUCGAUCCAGCUGGUGCACCAGGUAGUUGUCUCCCUUCUAUCUAUCUAUGUGUUUCCUGCAGCAGUCGGCCAGAUGGAAAUCCCUGCAACUGGCCCAAUUCUGAAGCUCUCACGCAGCAUCGACAAUGUUGAUAUUCACCAAUACAACGCAACCCCAGCCGUAGAUACUACAGAACCACGAUUGGAGGCUAGUGAAGAUGACCCAGAGGCCCUCGUUCGUACGUCCCGCCCCAGUACUUGUCUACUAGUAGAAUACGAAAUUCUCCUCUCCCCGACAUAUCAAGUUCCCGUCCUGUACUUCAUGCUCCGGGGUAGCAAUCUCGGUCCGCUGGGAGUGGACGCCGUCUACCACUACCUGGUAGCAGACCAGCACAAGAAAGAACUUCAAAGUGUCGGUGUCAUGGGCGGUAUUAGUUUCGGUUACCACCCACUCUCCGAAACCCCGACAUUUUUCGUUCAUCCAUGCAACACUGCAGAUGCUAUGAGGCAGAUCGUGGGGCAGCAGAAUAUCACACCCGAGAAGUACCUCAUUGCCUGGCUCGGUUUGAUAGGAAAUCAUCUCGGUCUCCAUUUACCCAAGGAGCUCCUUAAAUUGGAGAGCAAGGAGCAAGGAAAUCCCAAGACAUAG